GAACUGGACUCAGUGAGGCAGAUACUUUUCACUGGGUCAGGCAAGGCUGUUAGCAAGACCAUCACAUGUGUGGAAAUCAUGAAAAGAAGGCUCAAAGAACUUCACCAGAUCACCAAAGUGCUUUUUAAACAGAUCGAGGAGAUCUGGGAGCCCAUUGUGCCUGAGGCAGGCCUCGAUGCCUUGACAGUGAAGAGAAACAUUCCUGCCAUAUGUGUCUUGCUGAGCAAAGAUGCCCCCGAUCCCCGGGAGCCUGGAUAUCAGGCUCCAGGCUCUUUUGAUGCCUUCUGGAUUGAGACACUUAAAGCAGAGUCCCAGGCCCAAAUGAAGAGGAAGCAGGGUGGAGGAAGGGGAACUGGCAGCACGGGAAAGCACCCUCGUGCCAGUGGAGGGCCUGGGGAGUCCUGAGUGAAGUCCUGAAACAGAGACACGUGUGGGUGUUGCUUGGGGAUGUUACAGAAACCAGCCAGCUGCUCUAGCUGGAAAGCUGCUGCUGAACACAGGCUUGCAGAGCUGUUAGGGGUAGACAGGAGAACUCACUGUUCCAAAAUUGACAAAAUUGUAGCUGUCUGAAAUUGUGUUUGGCAAGUUUCCUUGUCAGAUGGUGCCAGGCUGUACUCCUUAGCCUGUGGCUCAGGGAUGAGAUGGAAAUACAGGAUUCAGCUGUUUGGGCAAGGAUCGCUGGCAUCCAGUUAGUGAGCCCAAACAGGCGUUCCAGGUACAGCAGUGCUUUGCCUGGUCAGGGAUGGAAGCAGCUCCUGGAGGGGAGACAUGGCCCGGUUCUGGGCUGGAUCGGCUGCUUCACCUGGGCCUGAGAGGCCAUCUUCUGCUCAAGCCUUCCGGUGUCCUCAUCAUUUAGAUGUGGGACUGCAGGGAUGCAACUCACUGUGUGCCAAUCAUCCCUUUCUGUCCACCUUGCACUUCCUCUCUAGAGCUGACGGUCACACCUCUGGCAGGAGUCGACUAAUAUCAUCACCAGACUGAAACCAUGUAGGCAAGAGCACGUGCUCUGGGGUGGUAAUGGUAACCUCCUGAGGAUGCUUGUUUCCUCUUUCUGCUCCUUUAUGAUGCAUAGAGACAAGUUUAAAAUAAAGUUUUUAAGUGAUAAAACA